AUGUUUAGUUUUGGGUCUCUAAAGACUCAUUUUUCUGUGUUUAACCAUCAACUGUCUUUGCCUUUGUAUCUUCGGUCAAAGAUUUUUGCUCAAUAUUCUGGUGGUUAUAGGGCUAUUUCUACAUCAUUUAACCAUUUUCGCUCUAUAAAUUCCCCUCCUUUUGGAGUCAAACGACAUUUUACUACUGGUUUCUUUCCCAAAUUAGGCAUUUUUAACUCAAAUUUAGCCUCAAAAAAUCAAACGCAAUGUGUGGGUUUAGUUUUUUCAAUUGAAUCUAAAAAUCACUUCUCCACUUCAGGUGAAGGGAGAGUUACUUGGGAGGACCACGAAGAAAUCGCUUCACUCUUGUAUACCGAAUUUAAGUCAACAAAUCCGCUAACUGUGAGAUUCACUGACCUGCACGAAAUGGUGGAAGAUGUGGUUAGAAAACAUCAUUUUUGUGAAAUUUCAGGGGAAUGCUCAGAAGGAGCACUCGAACAGAUCCAGAUGACCUGGCUAGAACUUUAUGAACAAGACUAA